CGCGCGCGCAGCAGCCUCAGGGCCGGCGGUGGGAGUGGUGGCCCCGGUGCGAGGCCUCGGUCCGCCCGUCCGCAGCCCCGUGGUCCCUGCUCCGCGCUCCCCCGGCCGAGCCUCCCCUCUCUCCUCCCGUUCGCUGCCUCCCCUCUUGGCCGUGAGGCGAACCCGGCGCGCGCUGCCCGCGACGCCGCUGCGCCCCAGGUGAGGGAGCGGGCGAAGGAGAGAGCGAGCGGGGAGCGCACUCGCUUCCCCUCCCUCCUCAGCGCCUCCCCGCCGCUCCCGGCGCCGAACCCCGCCGCUCCCUGAUUCUCUUCCCCUGGCGGAGCCAAACAGCCCCUUCCCAAGAUGGGCUGCACGCUGAGCGCCGAGGACAAGGCGGCGGUGGAGAGGAGCAAGAUGAUCGACAGGAACCUGCGGGAGGACGGCGAGAAGGCGGCCAGGGAGGUCAAGCUGCUCCUCUUAGGAGCUGGUGAAUCGGGGAAAAGCACAAUUGUCAAGCAAAUGAAGAUUAUCCAUGAAGCUGGUUAUUCAGAAGAAGAAUGUAAACAGUACAAAGCUGUUGUCUACAGUAACACCAUUCAGUCCAUUAUUGCUAUCAUUAGAGCAAUGGGGAGGUUGAAGAUAGAUUUUGGUGAUCCAAUCAGGGCUGAUGAUGCUCGUCAGCUCUUUGUGUUGGCUGGAGCAGCAGAAGAAGGAUUUAUGACUUCAGAGCUUGCUGGAGUUAUCAAGAGACUGUGGAAAGACAGCGGGGUUCAAGCCUGUUUCAACAGAUCUCGAGAAUACCAGCUCAAUGACUCUGCUGCCUAUUACUUGAAUGACUUGGACAGGAUAGCACAAACCAGCUACAUUCCAACUCAACAGGACGUUCUCAGGACUAGAGUGAAAACUACAGGAAUAGUGGAAACUCACUUUACUUUCAAAGAUCUUCAUUUUAAAAUGUUUGAUGUUGGAGGCCAGAGAUCAGAGCGGAAGAAGUGGAUUCAUUGUUUUGAGGGUGUUACAGCAAUUAUUUUUUGUGUGGCACUAAGUGAUUAUGACUUGGUCUUGGCUGAAGAUGAGGAAAUGAAUCGGAUGCAUGAGAGCAUGAAAUUGUUUGACAGUAUCUGCAACAAUAAAUGGUUCACAGACACUUCUAUUAUUCUAUUCCUGAACAAGAAAGAUCUUUUUGAAGAAAAAAUCAAAAGAAGUCCUCUCACUAUUUGCUACCCUGAGUAUGCAGGGUCAAACACUUAUGAAGAAGCAGCUGCUUACAUUCAGUGUCAGUUUGAAGAUCUGAACAAGAGAAAAGACACAAAGGAAAUCUACACUCACUUCACAUGUGCCACAGACACAAAAAAUGUGCAGUUUGUUUUUGAUGCUGUAACUGAUGUCAUUAUUAAAAAUAACCUUAAAGACUGUGGCCUCUUCUGAGAACAGACAAAAGGUUGUUAAAUGGUAAAUUACAUGCCUGAAAACAGGACUUAAACAUUUGGAAUAUACCCAUGCUGUGUAAAACCUGCAUAGAUAUACUUAAUUCUCUUUUAUUUUAUUUUUAGGUUUGGAGAUUGACUUCGCACAAUUCUAAUCUGAUUCUUUUCAAGGUGAAAGAAGUACAAAAUGCAUUGUGCUGAAUGAUAGAUCAGUACUGUACUUGCCUGUUUUAACAGCUUUAUUUAUGUUUGUCUUGUAAAUUUAAGUAAUUAGUUAACACUGAGAUGUCAGUUGAUUGUAUGUAAACUUACAAUUGUAGUAAUGUAUUUGUAUAAACGUUGAACGGAAUAUUUUAGUAACUUGAUGUCCUCUAAAACAUUCCUCUAAAAUUUCCUUGUUUUAUGAAGAUACUCUUAGAGGAGACAGACACUUUUUGCCUUUGGAUUAUUUAAACAUCUUGUAAAAUUAAAUUUUCUUUUCAUCUUAAGGGUGCAUGCUGCCUUAUUCUUUGUUUUUGUUGGUAAUACUGUAUAUGGCAUUAGCUUUUUUGAUAUUUAAACAGCCUCAUAGACCUUCUCAGACUUAAAGAAACAUAACCAAUAAACUUGUUUUUUGCCUUAAGUUUUGAAAAAUAAUCUUUUUAUAAAUUUAGGAUAAAUGCAAAGAUUAUUUUAAAAUUUAAAUGAAAUCCACAGUUUAUGAAAUCUAGGCUUACUGUCUUUGCAGUGGAAAUGUGGCAGCACUGGGAAAUAAAUGUUUAAGGGUCAGUUAUCACUGAAGCUGAUGGAAGUGCAAAAAGGAAGUUGUUAAAACUAUUCAUAUCAAUAAAAAAAUUUGAUGCUGUGGUCUUUA